UCUCUCUCUCUCUCUCUCUCUCUCUCUCUCUCUCUCUCUCUCUCUCUCUCUGCUCUUCAGUAUACAAUGACUUGGACUAUGCAUAUCCCUCAAGAACCUUCUCCUACUCUUGUUCUUGUCAAGCGUAUCUCUUUACAAUCUUCUGAAAAGACAGUCAAGGAAUUCUUUUUGUUUUGUGGCAAUAUCCUUGAAUUUGAAAUGAUCAAGGACUCCAAUGAUCCUCAGCAUCAGAUGGCUUUGAUUCAUUUUGAACGUGAAUCUGCUGCCAAGACAGCAACUCUUCUUAGCCAUGCCUUGAUUGAUGAAUGUCAUAUUGUGGCUACUCCUUAUGUUGAGUAUCCAGAACAAGAAACACAAUACACCAAACCAAAGACACGUAUUAUUGCUGAAAUCUUGGCCAAUGGUUAUAUCUUGCAAGACCAAGUGGUUGCUAAAGGUCUUGAAUAUGACCACAAAUACAAUCUCUCAAGUCGUUUCACAAGCUACUUAAACACACUGACAUCCAACAUGAAACACAUAGAUGCAAAAUAUCGUAUUUGGAACAAGGCAUGCGACAUAGAACACAAAUACAAGAUUCAUGAAACAGUUCAAUCUACAGCUCAACUGGCUCUUCAGUCUUCUACGGGUCAAAAAGUAGAGAAAAUGGCCACUCAAACAUUGGCUCAAAUUGCUGCUGUUCAUUAUGAAGCCAAAAAAAUUCAACAUGAAAAAAUAACUACUUAAUAAAUCUAAUCAUAAU